GCCCAGUGAUAGAAACGAGGCCCAGUUUAUGCAAGAUCCCGAUGUUCUCUUCUUCUUCUUCUUCUUCUUUUUUCGUGGUUUUCUCGGGGCAGAACCAGAAGCAGAAGCAGGUUGUGAAGUGUGAGAGAGGGAUGAGUAUGGGUCCCAUCAACAUAAAGGGUGAAAUAGAGAGAGUGAAUGGGAAGGAACUGAGUUACAGUGAAUUUGUGAAGAGAUAUAUGGAGAAGAACCAGCCAGUGGUGCUCACUGGCCUAAUGGACCCUCAUUAUUGGAGGGCUUCCACUGAUUGGGUCACCCUUCAGGGCCAACCCAACUUUCAAUAUUUCUCCACUCACUUUGGUGCUUCUAAAGUUCAGGUUGCUGAUUGUGACACCAGAGAAUUCACUGAUCAGAAAAGAGAGGAGAUGAUGGUAUCAGAUUUUAUAGCACGGUGCCUUCAACUUGAGGAGGCUUCUGCUGUUCAGUGUUAUAAUGAAAAUAGUUCAAGUAAUGGUCCCUCUAUAUCUGUACCGUAUUUGAAGGAUUGGCAUUUUGUAAAGGAGUAUCCUGAAUAUGUAGCGUACAUCACUCCAAUGUUCUUUUGCGAUGACUGGCUCAACCUGUAUCUGGACAACUUCAGAAUACAUAUUGAUUCUGGCACACAACAACCAGAUGAGGAAAUAUGUUGCUCUGACUAUCGAUUUGUUUACAUGGGGGUGAAAGGAUCUUGGACUCCUCUUCAUGCUGAUGUUUUCAGGUCCUAUAGCUGGUCAGCAAAUGUCUGUGGAAAGAAGAGAUGGCUUUUUCUAGAUCCUUCCCAGUGUCAUCUUGUAUUUGACAGGAAUAUGAAAACUUGUGUAUAUAAUAUCUUUGAUGAAGUAUCAAACUCAAAGUUUCCUGGUUUUAGCAAGGCUAUCUGGUUAGAAUGCACACAAAAUGCAGGUGAAAUUAUAUUUGUUCCAAGUGGAUGGUAUCAUCAGGUUCAUAAUUUGGAGGAUACAAUAUCUAUAAACCACAAUUGGUUCAAUGCCUAUAACCUUUCUUGGGUGUGGAAUUUACUUUUAAGGGACUACAAUGAGGCCAAGGAAUACAUAGAAGACAUCAAGGAUAUAUGUGAUGAUUUUGAAGGUCUCUGCCAGCGCAAUCUUGCUGCUAACACAGGGAUGAAUUUUUAUGACUUCUUUACUUUCAUCUCGAACUUUGCCUUGGCCAACUUGGUGUUGCUUCGUUAUAUGAAUAGAAGAUAUGGAAAUGGCACUGGAAGUUCAUCAACAAUAUCUCAGCAUUUGUCCAUGAAUCUUGGGUGUUUAAGGAAGAUUGCAUCAGAGAUGAAAAGCAUGCAUGCUCUAGAAGGAAAUCAUGAUUAUGUUGUGGAUAUGAUUGAAGCAUUUAAAGAUCCUAGGUUUUCCAAAUUAUGCAUGCAUGUAGGAAGAACAUAUAUAAUGAUACAAGAGCAAUCUUACUUGUCCUUGGAUUUUGAGAGCACUUCAAUGUGUGAUUUGGUGGACCUCAAUGAUAUGAAAUCAUACACAUCUCAGAUCUACACACCUGAAGAUCUCAUUAAAUUUAUAGACAAUGGUGUUGCAGAACUGGGUGACUGUUUCAUUGAGGAGCAACCUAUACUCCAUGUUGCUUGAAUGUCCUUUUGAAAUUCAUGUUUGACAACAGAUUGUGCUUGAACUUGGGACCAGCAACUGCAGUCUUACAAUUUUUAACUCUUUCCUUCUGAUCUUAUGAGACAAGAAUGUUAUCACCCAACUGGCACUUGUCCUAGUUUUUUGGGUAGCGAAAAAUUUACCAAGGGGCUGGUGCUUUAGCUCAAGGCGAGGAAAGCCUUCGUGCUCAAA